AUGGAUUUAGUUAGAUUGUUAAGCACAUUUUCAAGCUUUCUGAUAGCUUGUGUAUUAGGUUUAGGACUAAACAUCCUUUUCUUCUCACCAAUCUCACCUGACAUACUGGAAUUCCCUUCUCCAACUUUUCCUGUUGAAUCAAACAGUAAAUUACAGGAAGUAACUAAACUUGGAGAAGGACUUCUGGUUAAACCAGAGGAUGUUGCUAUAGACAAAAGUGGAAUUCUUUAUACCGCCACAAGGGAUGGUUGGGUUAAAAGAUUGCACAACAAUGGAUCCUGGGAGAACUGGAAAUUCAUCGGUGGCGAAUCCUUACUAGGAAUCACAACAUCAAGAAAUGGCGGGAUCAUCGCCUGCGACGCUGAUAAGGGCUUGGUUAAGGUUACAGAUGAUGAAGUUACAGUUAUUGCUUCCCAGUAUGAAGGUGGCAAAUUAAGAUUUGCUGAUGAUGUGGUGGAAGGAUCAGAUGGGAGCUUGUAUUUUAGUGUGGCAAGCACCAAAUUUGGAUUCCAUGAUUGGUUUCUAGACGUGCUUGAGGGAAAAUCUCAUGGCCAGCUUUUGAAAUAUGAUCCUGAAUCAAACCAAGUAUCAAUUUUGUUGGAUAAUCUGGGCUUUGCUAAUGGUGUUACCCUCUCCCCACUCCAAGAUUACUUGAUCAUCUGUGAAUCCUGGAGGUUUAGGUGCCUCAAGUAUUGGCUAAAAGAGGAAAUGAAAGUUAAAACAGAGGUUUUCAUUGAUAAUCUUCCAGGAGCACCAGACAAUAUCAAUCUUGCUCCUGAUGGUACAUUCUGGAUUUCCCUGAUUCAGAUAAUCCCUAGCCGACUGAAAUUUGUACACCGUUCCAAACUGUUGAAACAUCUGGUAGUGGCUUUUCCGGGACUGGUGAAUAAAAUAAAUGGUGCAUAUAAGAAAGCCAUGGUAGCCAAAGUGGACACAGACGGCAAAAUCAUCAAGGUUUUGGAUGACCCUACUGGAAAGGUUAUGUCCUUUGUGACAUCUGCACUAGAAUUCGAGGGCCAUUUAUAUUUGGGAACUCUAAAUUGUGAUUUCAUUGGGAAACUUCCAUUAGGAAUAAUAUGA